AUGGGUAGUGCGUUGGAAGUGCGGCACUGGGCUGUGGACCCUGGCACAGGAGGUUCAUCUGGCACUGUCUUCAGGAACUUGUCCAGUCCAGCCUUGAAGCUCUCAACAGCGCAGCCAGAUAAGCCCCUGACCUCUUUUGGCACCGUCAUGAAGAGGGUUUCGCUGGGAUGGGCGUGCAGGCAGGCGGCGGUGCUGGCUCUGGCAGUCUUCGUGGGCGUGGGCUUCUAUGGGGUCUUCCACCUCCUCUUCGGGGCUGCCCCACCUCCCCGGGUCACCUUCCUGCGGGGGAAUGCGUCUGCCCCGGGCAGCGGCGGCAGUGGCGUGGGCGAGGACCGAUCCCUAACAAGCUCGCUACAGGUCGGGGAAAUCCUACCUAACUGUGGCCUGCAGCGGGUGUGUCCUGCUGACCACUUCCCGGUCCAUGUGUACUCCGGCAAAACCAAGGAUGACCACCCCCGCGUCUGUGUGUCUGGUCGAUACGUCAUUGAGUGGGACAUCAACAACGGCGGAAGGGGGAUCAACCUCGUCAUCGUGGACCCGCGGUGGAUGAAGGCGGUCAUCGCUCGGAGGUUCGACACAUACGCCAGGGACUCCUCUGAGCUCGAGACGUUCCUGAGGCGGGAGGUGCGCGAGGGGGACAUCCUGCUGGCCGUGACUUUUGACGAGGCUUCCCGAAACUUGAGUCCGGCUGCGAGGAACAUUCUGGCGGAGCUGGGAAGCAGCCAGAUUCAAAACCUCCAGUUCCGGGGGCAGUGGUACAUGGUCACCCAGCGAGGGAUGAAGGGCUUCUCCCCCCAUGAGGCCCUGCACGCUGCCAAGGGGGGAGUGUGGUCACCCGUCGAUGAGCGGCUGUGUGUCUCCCGGCAAUUAAAGGGGCGGGCUAUCAUGCCAGAUCCUCCGGUUCUCCAAAAUCCGGACCGACUCAAGUUCUGUGAAGCGCGACCCCACGUCUCGGACUUCUGCUCAGUUCACCAGCGGGACUCCCCCCUCCGGCCCGCCAUCCUCACCAACAGACAGCUCGUAGGAAGCGCAAUGUUCACUACCCCAAUCGUGGUGUUGGCCCCUGGUGGUGGUUGUGGAGGUGCGUGCGGCGUUGACGGCGGCCCAGGUGGUGGUGACGGCCCCCUCUCGGCACUGGCACUCACCCUGCAGACUCUCCUGGGCCAGCCUGGGGUGCAGUCGAAGUAUGUGUUGGUGCUGUAUGAUCCGAGGGUGGUUCCUGACGCGGCCCAUCUCUGCAGUCUUUUCCAUUUCCCCGCCAGGCCUAUUGUUCGAGCAGCCGCCGCACCCACUAACGCCAGUCUGGAGUAUUAUGAGGUGAUGCGCGCUGCCUUCGAGACAGCGCGCACGACCUUCCCCGCCUCGCCGCUGGUCACCAUCAUCGAGGGCGGCCUGCUUCUGGCGCCGGACUUCCUGGCCUACACUGCGUCCAUGUUGCCACUCCUUCACGACCCCUCCGUGCUGGCCGUGUCCGCUUGGAACCCUAAUGGCUACCCCAGCGUGUCGACCCGGCCCGAUCUCGCGUACAGGGCAGAGGAGUUCCCCGGCUUGGCCUUCACCCUACGCAUGGCAACCUACACCAAGGAGCUGAAGGAUCACAUGAAGACCUGCUGCAAUGGGAGGGGCUGGGAGGGCUGGCACUGGGACGGCCGCGGGGAGAGGGAGGUGGUCAUGCCGGAUGUCUCACGGGUGCUGCGUCGCCCCCUGGGAUGUGACCUGGAGCCUGCCACACCCCUCAUCAAGGCCCUCUUCCACCGCCUCAGGGCAACCAACCUGGAGAUGAGCGCACCUAUCCAAAACACAGACUCGUUAGCAGCCCACAGGUACGAGGCACACCUGGCGGCCCUCCUCAACACCUCCUCCUCCUUGGUCCUCACACCUGGGCGGGAGGAGGUGAACAGGUGCGCUAAUGAACAGGAUCCUUCGCACCUGUCGGACUUCAAUCGGAUCUUCCUGAACGCCACGGAGGAGACCAGGCCCAAGGUGGUGGUUCUGCCGUACAAGGAGGAGGGCGAGGAAGGGUACGAGGGCAUGAGGCUGCUGUGUCGCUGCUUUGGGCUCUUCCACCACCCCAGGGAGAGGCCGAGGGGGCUGCACCGAGGCUUACUGAGGUUCAGCAUGCAUGGGAGCCAGAUCUUCCUCCUCACCAACCACAGCCCUCACUUUUCCCUCCCUCCCUACGCAACCACCACCACCCUCGCCCUGCCUUGAGAGAGGGAGAGAGAGAAGGAGGUAAGGAGGGAAUCCAGCUAUCAUCACCAUCAUCACCAUCAUCACCAUCAUCACCACCAGGUCUUCAGUAGAUGUAUAUAUAAUUCAUUUUGUGUGUGUGUGUUUGUGUGUUUGUUACGUACAGAGACCUUCCUUCCUUUACGCACAAAUAUUCAUGUCGUCAUAAGCUUUGUAAUAAACGAAUUUACUUAA